AUGCGGCAGGCCGGCGUCAUUUCGUCAGCGGGGCUUUACGCAAUGGAGCACCAGCUUGACCGCCUCGCUGAAGAUCAUAUUAAUGCGCAGGCCUUUGCUUACGGUAUCUCCUCUAUUCCGGGCAUCGAGAUCGACCCCAACGCUGUGGAGACGAACAUCGCCUUUUUCAGGUUGACUUCGGAUGCCAAGCUGGACGCAACGACGCUGGCACAGAAACUUGAAGCCGGAAAAGGUUUGCUCGUCGGUGCGUAUGCAGACGAAAACCGCGUGCGCGCAGUACCCAAUCUACACAUUUCUAGUCGCGAUAUUGACUACGACGUAUCGUCAAUCCGCGCGCUGCUUAGCUAA